GCGCGUAAGAUCCACUCGCGAUUUUUCUCCGAUUUAUCGGUGCAUCACCGAUAUUUCACUGAUAUAUCGGCGAUUUUGCCGAUUUUUUUGGCGAUAUUUCCGUGGAUCGAUAAUCGGUGGCGAUUAUCGUUUCGGUGACGACCGAUAUCCGAUAUUUCUUCGAAAUAUCGGCGAUAUUUCCCGAUUUUUCAAUCCCUGAAGGUAACUGAUAAUAAAACAUUAUUCUGGUUUGGCAUAAUCCUAUCCUUGGAUUGGAUUAGGACAAGAGUAGUCCAAGCAGUAGGACUCUUUCACAAAACCCUAAAAAUCCAAAAACCCUUCCGGUUUUGGAUCGAGGGCAUUUUUUUCCCUUCCCUUCCUCCUAUACAAACCAGAGUUUCUUCUGGAAUAGAGGUGAAAGAUGCAACACGACGAAGUGAUAUGGCAGGUCAUCAGGCACAACCACUGCAGUUUCAUGACCAAAAUCACAACUGGGAACUUUUGCCGCAAUCCCUAUAACGUAACUGGGAUUUGCAAUCGCAGUUCCUGCCCUCUGGCCAAUAGUCGCUACGCCACAAUUCGAGACCAUGAUGGAGUGUUUUAUCUAUACAUGAAAACCAUUGAAAGAGCCCAUAUGCCAAACAAAUUAUGGGAACGGGUUAAAUUGGCACGAAACUAUGGAAAGGCUCUUGAGCUUAUUGACAAGCAUCUAAUGUUUUGGCCGAAGUUGCUUGUUCACAAAACAAAGCAGCGUCUCACUAAAAUGACUCAGAUGCGAAUUCGCAUGAGGAAGCUUGCAUUGAAAACAAGGGAGAAGAUAAUGACCACACCUAGGAAAGAGAAGAAGAGAGAGGCUAGAAGAGAGGAAAAGGCCGAAAAAGCUGCGGUUUUGGACAAGAGCAUUGAGAAAGAAUUGCUGGAACGUCUUAAGCGUGGAGUUUAUGGUGACAUAUACAACUAUCCUGUUAAAGAAUAUAAUAAAGUUCUUGAUAUGGAAGGACUACAAGCUGCUAGUGAAGAUGAAGAAGAGGAGGAGCCUGAAAUUGAAUAUGUUGAAGGCUAUGAAGAACUUGAAGAAGAAGAUGAUAUUGAAGAUUUUGGUGGCCUUGAGAUUGAUGAGUCUCUCAAGGAUGAAGAUCUCGAUGAUGAUAUGGGUGAAGAUGAUGAGGAGAUGGAUUUAAUUGACCUAAAGAGAGUGAGAAGAGGAUCUGGGUCAGCUCAUGGAAAGCUUGACAAAGAUGAACGAGGCGCAAAUUUGAAAAAGAGACCAAGGGUACUUGUUGAGGUUGAACAUGAAGGCACUGAUGAAAGACAGAAGGCAAUCCAAUGAAGGAGCUUGUGAUUUGGAUCUUCAAUCCACUUACAGCAUGACAACAAUUAUCCUCCUCACUCAUGACAGAUCGAUUAACCUUACCAAGGAGGGGGAAACAGCCAGAGAAAGAAAGAGUUUUGGAUGCCUGGGACUAAUAUUUGUCCCAAGCUCGAUUUUGUUAGGGGGUAAUCAUGAAAAUGGUGAUUGUAUAACAAUAUGGAGUUGAAAAUUAUUUUCUUAGUUUUGUGGUGAUUGCCUUCGAGAAAUGCAGUGGAGUGUUUCAUAACUCAAGCACAAGAAAUUUAUUUGUUUCCAAAUAAUUAUGGUGUUUGAUUCUUAGCUUUGCUGCUGAUUCUGCAAGGGGUUUUUUUAUUUUUUUUA